AUACUUAGCCAUACUCUGUAUUUGUUAUCAUAUAUCAGGCACGUCUAACAGGGAGAUCACUGGAUGUCUGUGGUAGAUCACUGCUAGAUCACUGGCACCCUAAAAAAAGCUCACCCAAAAUUUUCCUCCCUAAAAAAAGCUAAACAACUAUGACCUGAAGCCCUUAACAAAAAUGGGCCUCCCUCCCUCCUAAAAGAAGCUCAACAAGUUUGACCUAAACCCCCAAAAAACAGGGCUUCCCUUCCUUAAAAAAACUCAACAGCUUUGACCUGAACCCCCCAAAAGGGGGUAGAUCACUCCCAGUUUUUCACUCUGUGAGUAGAUCACAGUCUCUUGGGAGUUGGCCACCCCUGUCAUAUAUGAAGCUUCUCAAGUGGAGUCAAGUCAUUGGGCCCACCUAGCCAAGAUCUCAGGCAAAGGAAAAACCUUUCUUCAGCCCUGUCAAUAGAGAGUGUUUCAACUGGAGAUGCUGGGGGUUGAACCUGAGAUCUUUGUGCACAGCAUGUGCUGCGGUCCCUUGUCUUUUCCAGUGCUUGGACUCAGUUGCGGAAUAAGUGGGGGGAAAUAAAGAGUGUCUUUGGGCACGUCUUUUAGUACAAUAAUCAUAGCCUGCUCAUGUAUAACAAAGGUUGGGAAACUGUUUUCCACUCAAGGGCUGCUUUCCUUCAUGCGUAACCUUCUGAAUGGCCUGUCCUUCAAAAGGUGGCAACUUUGGCUAAAGACAACCAUGUGUAGAGCAAUGGGUAUAACUCACACAUUUGUACAGUAGGCUGUAUUCCAAUAGGGAGUCCAAUGGUCAAGAAGGUGGUUUCCUCAUGUGCUGUAGAGGGAGGUGAGGGGCGGCUGGGGUUUAUCAACCUGGGAAGGUAGCCAAUCUAAGAUAAGGAAAACUCUCAUCCCAAACCUCUGCUGCCUUGUGGGAUAUCUUUGGGAGAAGAGAAGGCUCAGGAGUAAACCCUACACCAGGCACCCCCAAACUUCGGCCCUCCAGGUGUUUUGGACUACAAUUCCCAUCUUUCCCUGACCGCUGGUCCUGUUAGCUAGGGAUCAUGGGAGUUGUAGGCCAAAACAUCUGGAGGGCCGCAGUUUGGGGGUGCCUGCCCUACACAAAUCCAGAGUGGAAUUCCUAAGACGGUUAGAGAUGGUGCUUCAUACGCCUAACUUCUGGAAACUCCUGCAUCCAAGUUAGUGCCAAAUGAUAUAUUGCUUUCCUUUCCUUUGGGAGCAUACCAGGGAGGCCAAGAGAGAAGCCUUGUCACCUGGGCAGCCCAGGAUCUCCACACAAACAACCCAGGCUUGCGCGCAGGGGAGGCCACUUAGGUGCUGCUAACACAGCAGUUUGACUUCACCACUGGAGGCACACUCCAUUGUCUCUGAAGACAGAAGACAGAUACUUUUUAAAGUGGAUAUGCCAGGGUUGAUGAUGAUUUACUCUAUAUACUCGAGUAUAAGCCUACUUUUUCAGCACCAAAAAUGUGCUGAAAAAGCCGUCCUUGGCUUAUACUCAAGUGAGGCGGGUGGUGGCGGAGAAAGGCACAGGACCGGGGGUUCAAAGAAGCGCUGCGCUGCGACUCUCCAAACCCCUGUCCUAUGCCUGCUCUGUGCGAGGUGGCAGGGAGGGAAAAGUGGCGAGGAAGGGAUCCUUCCUCACUGCUUCUCCCCCACCCCACCCCACCGCCAACAGCUGGGAAAGGCAUAGGACAGUAUUAAAUUUUAUUUUUGAAAUUUAUCAGUAGCUGCUGCCUUUCCCACCCUCGGCUUAUACUCGAGUCAAUGAGUUUUCCCAGCUUUUUUAGUUAAAAUUAUGUGCCUCAGCUUAUAUUCGGGUCGGCUUAUACACAAGUAUAAGAUGAAAAUAUCAAGGCAGUUCACAAACAAAAGCCAACAGCAAAAUAAUGAGAAGAAAGCAGCCACCAGUGAUUCAAAUACAUAGGACAGUAAAAACAACAACAUUACAACAUCCAUAACCUAAAUAUAUAAUAAGCAAACCCACUGAAACAGCACAAUAAUUGUGACGGUUAAAACCACCAUCAGAGUAGGAGACUCAAAUCGGGAGGCCAGGGAAAUGCUUGUCUAAACAGAUGCAUCUUCAGAAGCUGGCAGAAUGCCAAUGCGAAUGGGGCCUUCCAUAUUUGUUUGUUUUUUGCAACACCGGUGCCACCCAUGAAAAAGCCUGCCUCCGUUUUAUCACAAGCCAAUAAUCAUCGUAGCAAAACUAACCAGGUUCCAUCAAUGCCCUUUUCCAGAAGUUUUCAAACCAAAACCUGCGAAGCCAAGGCUCUUCCAUUGACUUCCAUUCCCUCCCUGAGCUGAACUACAGCUAAUAAAGAAAAACUAGCGCUGAGGACUCUUUUCAUACACAAGCAUGGCGAUUAGCUCUGCCGAACCAUGCCUGGGAGCCUUUGCAGGGAGACGGCUGACACUGCCCGGCAGGGAGGCACAAGCUAUCCUGUGCCAACGCUGCCCCUUUCCUGAACCCUUUCUCUCCCUGCCCCCACUCCGUGAGCUGGCACACAUUCCUUCCUUUCAUAUCUGACCUUGGCCACCCCUUCUUCUGCGAAGGCUUGAAUCCUUUUUUGCUUUGGAGAGGAGUCGGCAAGCGUGUGUGCCUGUGUGUGCAUCUCGUUGCAUAUGCAAUUUAUGGAGCCUAUAGGACACUGUCUCCUCCCACUUUCACACGUGUGAAUCUUUGUAUGCAUAUAACGUCCAAACUCUAUUAAUUGGCUGUGAUUGAGGGUAGGCACAGACGACGCAAGGGCAAAGUGAGAACCCUUCUUUGUAUGAGCAGGUUGUCCGUGCAUGAACUGAUCGAGUGAUGUGUCUGAGCUUAGUUCAUGUUUCAGUGCAUCAAUCCUUGUAUUACACCAUAGAGAAUUUUGUAGGCAUGUGCACCUGCGACUGCACAACAGUGUGAGGGCUGAAGUUCUAUGUGCUAAGGGUAAUUAACACACACAAAUGCCCCAAUCUGUGGGAGUGUGAGAGAGAUUUGCUAAUGUGCAAGGAGUGUAUACACUUUUAGCAGUUCACUUUCUGUUUCCCUGGUCCCAUGGUACACGUGAGGAUGUGCUAGUUGCAGGAGAAGAGUCUUUUUUGGGGUGCGACGUCGGUGUCGCACACAUAAGUGUUCACAGACCAGUGUGAAGGCGUGUGAUUGUGCAAGGGCCCUAGGAUCUAGCUGCGUGCACAAUUUGUGUGUGUGUGUGUGUCACAUCCCUCCACCGAUGGAGAAAUCCAAAGCUGACCUCGAAUCUGCAACAAACGCCGAAGACGGAUUCAAUCAAGAUCUGCUCACCGAGGAACUGGAGGCCCGCCCAGCCUGGGGGUCCAAAGUUCAGUAUAUCCUGGCCCAGGUUGGCUUUUCGGUUGGGCUUGGCAACGUCUGGCGAUUCCCCUACCUUUGCCAUAAAAAUGGGGGAGGUGCUUUCCUGCUGCUAUACCUGCUGCUUCUCUUCAUCAUUGGGAUCCCCUUGUUUUUCUUGGAGCUGGCGGCUGGACAGAUUAUCCGGCAGGGCAGCAUCGGGGUCUGGAAGUACAUCAGCCCCCGCCUGGUGGGCAUUGGCUUCGCCAGCUGCGUGGUUUGUUCCUUUGUUGCCCUGUAUUAUAAUGUCAUCAUUGCCUGGAGUCUUUUCUACCUGGCUAACUCCUUCCAGUUACCCCUGCCUUGGACUGAUUGCCCAGCAGCAACCAAUCAAACUGCCCCAGAAAUGGAGUGUGGCCACAGUUCUCCCACUGUCUACUUCUGGUACCGCGAGGCCUUGGAUGUGACCAACUCCCUUGACGAGAACGGAGGCCUUGACCCAGCUCUUAUCGGCUGCCUCUUUGCCGCUUGGGCUCUUGUGUGCCUGGCAAUGAUCAAAGGCAUCAAGUCCUCUGGCAAGGUUCUGUAUUUCAGCUCUCUUUUCCCCUACGUGGUCCUCUUAUGCUUCCUCGUAAGGGCGCUGAUGCUAGAAGGAGCGGUUGAUGGGAUCAGAAUCAUGUUCACGCCCAAUCUGUCCAUCUGGAGAGACAUGCAGGUCUGGCGCCAGGCAGCCACGCAGGUGUUCUUUGCCCUGGGACUGGGCUUUGGGACCAUCAUUGCCUACUCCAGCUAUAACCCACGCCACAACAACUGCCACAUCGACGGGCUGCUGGUGUCUGGGAUCAACUUCCUUACUUCAGUGCUGGCUACACUUGUGGUGUUUGCCGUGCUGGGCUUCCGUGCCAACAUGAUCACACAGGACUGUGUGGAGAGGAAUACAAAAACCCUGUCUUUUCUAGCAUCAAACGGCUCCCUCCCUGCUGCGCUGCCCCACCUUGGAAACUUCUCUGACCUCUCGGCUGCUGAGUACAGCGCUUGGUAUCAGGGUCUUCAGAACGACACAGCAGAGUGGCUGCAGAUGUGGAAUAUCAGUGACUGCCGCGCAGAGGAUGAGAUGAACAAGGAUGUGGAAGGCACAGGACUGGCUUUCAUCACCUUCACGGAGGCCAUGACCCUCUUUCCGACCGCCCCAUUCUGGUCGGUGCUGUUCUUUUUCAUGCUGCUGAACUUGGGGCUGAGCACCAUGCUGGGGAACAUGCAAGGGAUCAUCACUCCAUUGCUGGACAACUUCCACAGCCUCCAGCGCCGGCGGACCCUCUUCACAGUGUUGUGUUGUUUGGUUGGAUUCCUGCUGGGCCUGGUUUUCGUGCAACGGUCAGGCAGCUAUUUUGUGUCCAUGUUUGACGAUUACUCGGCUACCCUGCCCCUGCUUAUUGUUGUGGCUUUUGAAGCUUUUGCCGUGGCCUGGAUCUACGGAGCAGACAGGUUCUUAAGCGACAUAGAAGACAUGCUGGGCUGGCGGCCUUGGAGGAUCUACAGCUACAUGUGGCGCUUUGUCAGCCUGGGAGCGAUGCUGUGCCUGCUGCUAGCGAGUCUGGUGCACUUGGCUAUGAAGUGGCCCACCUACCAGGCCUGGAACAGAGAAAAGGCAGAGGAGCAGAUGCUGGAAUACCCUCCCUGGGCCCUGGGCCUCCUCGUAGGCCUCAUUGUUGUGGCUGCUCUCCCCAUCCCAGCAAUGUUUCUCCGGCAGCUUUUGAUGGAUUGGUUUGGCCAGCGUGGUGGCCGGUCUGGCAUGGUGAUGGCGCCUGUACCCACAGAGGAUGACGACAAGGUGGCAGAAGGAGAGAGCCCAGCUGAUACUGAGCACCAAGGGAACGGGUACUUGCUUGUCCAGGCAGGAGAUGGGCAAGACUGAUGGGAGGCACUUCCAGCUGGAAUGUAUCACCUGGAGGACAUCUGACCUGCUCCGGCCCCAGAUCCUCCUGACCAUUGGCUGUAUUUUCCAGCCUUUCCAGGCGACCAUGUUUGUUUAGACACCCACCCACGCGCCCAGUGUGCUAUUUAUGGCUUACAAGGCUGCUGCAACUUCGAUGGGGAAAGGGACAUGAGCAUGGAGACUUCCAUGCAGCAGGCCCCGGCGCCUCCUUCACACCUGCUGCAACCAAGGAGAUGAAAAAGAUGAAUGAAAGAGGACCUCAGAAGUGAUGUGGGGACAAUCCAAGAAAAGCUGCUGGGUUAUUGUUUUUAAAUAACUCCUUGUGGCUUUCACUGCUGCCACUGAGUCCCGUUUCCCUUCGCUAGAAUCGUGACGCCUUGUUGCAGUGCCUCCACUAAAAUGAAGGCACGGGAACAUUUGAGGGCUGAAGGUAAUUUGAUUUUGGAGGACCACGCAUGUUCCAGAGGCAGAAAGUGAGAACUCUUGGGAUUCCAGUAGUAAAGGAAAGCCUGAGAUCUGAUGAGGCAUUGACUCACUGUUACAGGAUCCACCCGCUCUCCUUCACACUGAUCCCAUGUCUCCCUCCCUCCCAUUGUUUUGUUGUUGUUUAGUCGUGUCCGACUCUUCGUGACCCCCAUGGACCAGCGCAUGCCAGGCACUCCUGUCUUCCACUGCCUCCCGCAGUUUGGUCAGACUCAUGUUGGUGGCUUCAAGAACACUGUCCAACCAUCUUAUCCUCUGUUGUCCCCUUCUCCUUGUGCCCUCCAUCUUUCCCAACAUCAGGGUCUUUUCCAAGGAUUCCUCUCUUCUCAUGAGGUGGCCAAAGUAUUGGAGCCUCAGCUUCACGAUCUGUCCUUCCAGGGAGCACUCAAGGCUGAUUUCCUUCAGAAUGGAUAGGUUUGAUCGUCUUGCAGUCCAUGGAACUCUCAAGCGUCUCCUCCAGCACCAUAAUUCAAAAGCACCAGUUCUUUGGCAAUCAACCUUCUUUAUGGUCCAGCUCUCACUUCCAUACAUCACUACUGGGAAAACCAUAGCUUUAACUAUACGGACCUUUGUCAGCAAGGUGAUGUGUCUGCUUUUUAAGAUGCUGUGUAGGUUUGUCAUUGCUUUUCUCCCAAGAAGCAGGCAUCUUCUAAUUUCAUGACUGCUGUAACCACCUGCAGUGAUCAUGGAACCCAUUGUUUUACCCACUGUCUAUUGUAAGCCUCUCGAGGGCAAGGACCUACAGUCACACCUUGGGUUACAGACGCUUCAGGUUUUGUAUUUUCGGGGUGUGCACCGCGCGAACCUGGAAGUACCCAAAAGGGUUACUUCUGGGUUUCGGUGCUCGUGCAUGCGCAGCACUAAAUUGCACUUUGCACAUGCGCAGAAGCGCCAAAUUGCAACCCACGUGUGCACAGACGCGGCGCUGCGGGUUGCGAACGUGCCUCCUGCACGGAUCAUGUUCGCAACCCGAGCGUCCACUAUUUAAUUUUCCUGAUGAAUCUUUGGGUGCCAUAUUGCUCAUUCUCAUCCGAAGAUGGUUCAAGCUCAGCAGCUACUGGCAUGAAAACAUCCUUCUCCCAGGGCCACUUUCUGUCAAGACCCUUGCAGCACUGUUAGGGUCAAGAUUGGGUUAGCUGACUGACGCAGAAGAAGGAAGCAACGGGACGGGGGCUGAAUAAUGGGAACCAGAGUUGGUGGUGAGGGGAUCACCCCUUUCCACCGCAACUUCAGUCACUUGGGAAGAGGGAGCGAGGGAACUUUCCUGCGGAACUGUGAGCUUGGAGCAUCCAAAGCUGGAGGUUAAGCCAGAGACAGUAACAGCCCCUAACAGGAAGGUGCAGUUUUGUCGCUCAGAACGAGACAGCACCUUCACCAAUAGGAGCAGAGCAACCCACCCUGAAAGAGUGCACAUUUGCAAUCCCAACCUCAAAGAGUGAACCAAGUGUUACGAGUGGGUACACUAUGCUGGGUCCUUAAAAACAUGGCAGGUGGAGCAUGGAAACUUUGUUGGGACAUCUUGGUUGCUUCCGUCCGGUUCUAAACUUCUCAUUCUGCUCAUGAACCUUGAGUUCUGCAUCUGCAGCUGAGCCUGUACAGUUAUUGGCCCGAGUAAAUAUCUCUUUCUUAGUUGCAAGAAAGAGCAUCUGCUUGUUGCAUGUUUUGGGGCAGGAGCCAGCAAAAUUCCUCAAUGGAAGUCAGUAUUUUCCACAACGUGGCUAUGGGUGAUGUUGAGAAAGAAUUUGGUUGAGCAUUUAGAGUGGUAUGAGAUGCAGAAACUAAAGAAAAACUCCACGGGGUCUAGGUUGUCUUAAAGUUACAGUGGUACCUUGGGUUACAAACGCUUCAGGUUACAAACUCCACUAACCCAGAAAUAAUACAUUUCUGGGUUCAGAAAUAGUGUAUCUGAAGAAGUGUGCAUGCACACGAAAGCUCAUACUAAUGACAAACUUGUUGUUGUUGUUGUUUAGUCGUUUAGUCGUGUCCGACUCUUCGUGACCCCAUGGACCAUUGCACGCCAGGCACUCCUGUCUUCCACUGCCUCCCGCAGUUUGGUCAAACUCAUGUUGGUAGCUUCGAGAACACUGUCCAACCAUCUUGUCCUCUGACGUCCCCUUCUCCUAGUGCCCUCAAUCUUUCCCAACAUCAGGGUCUUUUCCAAGGAUUCUUCUCUUCUCAUGAGGUGGCCAAAGUAUUGGAGCCUCAGCUUCACGAUCUGUCCUUCCAGGGAGCACUCAGGGCUGAUUUCCUUAAGAAUGGAUAGGUUUGAUCUUCUUGCAGUCCAUGGGACUCUCAAGAGUCUCCUCCAGCACCAUAAUUCAAAAGCAUCAAUUCUUCGGCGAUCAGCCUUCUUUAUGGUCCAGCUCUCACUUAGUUGGUCUCUAAGGUGCUACUGGAAGGAAUUUUUUUAUUUUGUUUCGACUACGUCAGACCAACACGGAACCAGAAAUACUACCUCAGGUUAAGAACUUUGUUUCAGGAUGAGAACAGAAAUUGUGUU